CCCUGCGCGCAUCGGACGAGUCACUCGAGUCCAGACACCGGACAGCUCGCGAUAGGGAAUCCCCGAGUAGCGAAACCGAGCCGAAGCUGGUUUGAAUGGCCGGUUCCGUCAGCAUGGCACGGGGACGCGUCUGAUGCGCUCUUUGCUCCGCGCUCGCAGUAUUAACGGCUGUAAUAAAGACUCCCAUCAAGGAUUGACUGGACGUGUUUUCCACUGAUGAGGCAGCCAGCGAGUGAGUUUGACAGCAUGGCACUGAGCGGCACGCUUUUGCCGUCUAUUUCCAGAUUUGCGAGCGACGCAGAUGUGAAGCACAAGGCAAUGACGAGACCUGGAACUGCCAGUUUAAGAUGGAAGGAGGAGAUUUCUCACCUGAAAUGCCCCUGCAUGUCUACAGGUGGGACCUGCACUGACCAGGACGUCCCUUCCGUAAUGACCAAGAAGGAGCCAGAAGAGCUGGACCUGUUGGACUAUGAUUUUAUCCUGUCGAACAGCAUGCUUCAACAACAACAACAACAACAACAGCAGCAGGAGGCCUCAAUGGCCAGCACCUCCAGAACUCUUCCGCCUUCCGCUACGCCCUACCCCUAUCCGAUGCCCUCUCCUCAGGGACAAGAGUCCAGCAUGUUGUACAACAUCCCGGACAUCAGCGACGUAUCUCCCUCGGGAGGUUUUGUCGCCGAGUUGAUGAGGCCGGAGCUGGAUCCUGCGUAUCUUCAGCCCACGAGCCUCCACGGAAGGUUUGUGGUGAAGACCACCAUGGACAUGAACGAUUACAGCCAAGGGCUUAGUAAGGGAGGCUCAAUGUCGGACUCUUCCUCCUUGCCGUUUGCAUGUCCUAGGAUAAAGCAGGAGCAUCCUAGCACUUGCGGCAUCACCCGACCGAUGGAUCUCCAUCUGGGGGUGAACUCGCGGCAUGGAGUCAGCCAGAGACCGCUGCUGGAGCCUCAAGGUUUCAGCACGGCCCGAAGGCCCAUGGGGCCCAGUAGCUCUUCCACUUCCUCUCUGUCUCCGGACGAGCAUCCUCAAGCUCAGGUUCUAGGGCCCCCUCCGAUCUCCCUGGCCCCGGAAUAUCACCCCUCGCCGGGUUAUUCUGGCUUUCCGCAGCCUCCCGCCCAGUCAAUGCAGUACCAAGAGCUGAUUUCUCCAGCCGAGGGUUUGCCUGAAGAGUCCAAGCCCAAGCGGGGUCGGCGCUCCUGGCCGAGGAAGCGGACAGCGACGCACACGUGCACCUACGCAGGCUGUGGCAAAACAUACACCAAGAGCUCCCAUCUCAAAGCCCACCACAGGACUCACACAGGAGAAAAGCCGUAUCACUGUGACUGGGAGGGAUGUGGCUGGAAAUUCGCCCGUUCGGACGAGCUCACGAGGCAUUACAGAAAGCACACGGGCCAUCGGCCGUUUCAGUGCCAGAAAUGCGACCGAGCCUUUUCCCGGUCCGACCACCUCGCGCUGCACAUGAAACGCCAUCUAUAACCAAGACUGGAAGACCCCCCAAAAAAGUCAAGAUACUAGUGGACUAGCGAACCAUGUGUUGUCUUUGAACAAGAGUCAGUGAAACUAGAGCUCCAUGACAAGCUGUGUUGUCCACAGCAUCAGGGUUGGGACUUUUCGUGUUCGUUUUGUUUAUUUUUUAAGUUGGCCGAGAGAGCUCAACGCGCUACAAAUGAAAAAACACAUGCA